GGGGUCUAAAUGGCUAAUAGUGAGUAAUCCCAAAAGGUGCAAAAUUACAUCCUAGGUAUGAGAAUAAUAAUUUCAGAGAUCGGACUCUCGGGAAAGGAACAUUUGGUAAAGUGAAAUUGGGUUAUCAUACCAUUUGCAAAGAAUAUGUAGAUGAUUCCUUAAUGUAAGGUUGCUGUCAAGAUACUUCAGAAGAACAAGAUAGAAAAAAAUGCAGAUGCCAUUAGAGUUUAAAGGGAAAUUUCAAUAUUGAAGAAGGUCAAUCAUGAAAAUAUAAUAAAAUUGUAUGAGGUACAAUCAACCUUGUAACACCCUAGAUCUUAGAAUCAGAUGAGAACCUCUAUUUGGUCAUGGAAUAUGCAAAGGGAGGAGAACUCUUCGAUUACAUAGUCAAAAAGCAUCAGUAUUAUAAUAUUAAGAUUGUUAUAGAUUGUCAGAACCAACAGCCGCACAUCUCUUUAUUCAAUUGAUAAAUGCAGUUGAGUAUUUACAUUCAUAACAAAUUACUCAUCGAGACCUGAAACCAGAGAAUCUCUUACUUGAUGAAUCAAGAAACAUUAAAGUUGCUGAUUUCGGACUUAGUAACCUCUACAAAAACAAUGAAUGUCUCAAAACUGCUUGUGGCUCUCCUUGUUAUGCACCACCUGAAAUGUUACGUAUACUCUCAUCUAAUUCUCAUAGAUGGAAAACCUUACUUAGGUGAAAAGAGUGAUAUUUGGAGUUGUGGUAUUGUCCUCUAUGUUAUGUUGUGUGGCUUCUUACCUUUUGAACAUGACAACACCAAGAAACUAUACGAAAUGAUUAAGUACGAGGAUUACGAAUAACCCAAAAAUGUUUCAUUCUUUGCCUAAGAUCUCUUAAAGAAACUCUUGGUUAAAGAUCCAUAAAAUAGGAUUGGAUUCGAUGGAAUCAAGCAGCAUUAGUUUUAUAAAUCAGUCGUUGUCCAAAUAGAUCAAGUUAUUACCAAUUAUGACACAUAAGCCUUAAAAAUGUUAUUAGAAUUAGGAUAUGAUAUCAAUAGCAUUUAUGAUCAAGUCAAAGAAUAGAAGCAUAAUUCUCAAACAACCCUGUUUUGGUUAUUCAAAAAAAAAGCAUCUCAUCGAUACUCCAAUUAUCUCUGUCAAAGAAAACAAAUUUCAUAAGAUAAAAUUCAAAAUAAACAAAGCUAUAAAAAUAAAUUGCAAUAGACACUCUAAACUAAAUAAAUAACCCAAAUGUAGAAUUAAACAGCUCGAUCUAAUAGCAAGAAUAAACUCAGUUUAUCGCUCUAAUAAAGAUAUCCAAUCUCAAAUAAUAAAAUGCAUUUAAAAGAAUUAGCCAAAUUUACUGAUGCUCUUACAGGAAUUCAUGUAAAUUUGAAUAAACUUAAGAAUCACCCUAAAAGAGUACCUGAUUCUCUCAUCGACCAAGUCAGAUAAAAGACAUAUUCUGUUUAAGAUAGAAAAUAUUACAAUAAAACUCCAGAUCUAAGUGAUUUUGCCGUCAAACAACCUUAAAUUAGGAACAAACUUUUCAAUCUCAGAAAAAAGAGCACCACAGAACAAAUAGAAAAAUUGAAUUUUGCUAAUAUCUAUGAAAAUGAUAAAAUUAACACCUAAAUUAAACGUGGUAGAAAUAGGACUGUCAAUGAAAAAAAAAAGCAUAUCCUCAUGGAAAGAUACUCGAACAACUACACACCAAUGUUAAGUCGACAAGGCAGUCCAUUGACUAAGUUAUUAGCCUUAACAAAAAAUUAGAUUUAAGGAAUGAGAAAUUAAAAUCACUUGGAUAAAUAUAUCAUGAUGCUAUCAGACUUGUGA